AGCUAUUUCGUUUCGUGUGGUGAAUGACAUUGACAUGUAAAGAUGUAAUGUAAAGUAUUCGAAGAGAACAUAUAGAUAAAUUUAUUUUGUGGUUUUUGAAUUACAGAUGUUCUUUGAAAUUGUUCAAUAAAAUAAUUUUAGUUCAAGCUUGCUAGAUCACAUCAAAAGAAAAAUGACAAAGCUUUUGGAGUGGAUUUCAGUGAUAUCUGCCAUCUUUGCAGUAUGGUACUCCCUUAUUGCAGGUUAUGUGAAACAUCCAGUUUUAGAUAAAAAUAUGAACUUGAUUAUGAUCUCGCCCAUAAUAUUCAUCAUACUUUUCGGGUUAUAUGCAUUAACUGUUGUGCUGUAUAGAGUGUUUACCUUCAACAACUGUGAAGAAGCAGCCAAAGAACUACAAGAACAAAUCCAAGAAGCUAAAAGGGACUUGCGUGAAAAAGGAAUUGAAUUGUAAAGCUUAUCAUUCCAUUACUUAAUUUUUUUUUUAAUUUGUUGAAUUUUAAAUGCUAUACUAAUUUUAAUGAAAUAAAAUGUAAAGAGAAUAA